GCGGAGAAACCUUCGAUGAAAAAAAAAAGAUCUUGAGCUUAGUUUUGUUUGUAAACAGAGCUGACGUUGCUUGAUCAUAGUUGUAUAAUUUGUUUUCCCUGAGACCAUGCGAAGCCAAGAAGUGAGAUAAGGGCAUUAGAAGCGUCCUGAUAUGUCUUCCUGUAGUUUUAUAAUCAGGCGGAGCAAUUGGGUGGGAUCCCACCUGUAAAUUCGUUAGCAAUGUUAGACUAGCUUUCAAGCUUGAAAUUGGUUAAGCUUGAAGAAGCGCUGCAUUUGGCCACGACGUGGUGGUAUUUUUUCGCGUGGUUCCAACCAGCCAUAUUGAAAUGUAUUUUCUGGUAGUUUCUUUUUUGAUAAGUAAGAAGAAUUUAUUAUCUACGUAAUUAGGCAUAGCCCAAGUACACAUGAAGUAUACAAGAGAAUAUUUUCUGGCAGUUAAAAGAGGAGUUUUAAAAUUGGGACAACAAUGAGGGUUGAAGAGCAGCCAGUUUCUUGUAUUCUUUUGGGACCAACAUUGAAGAUUUGGGAAUCAUUUACCACAGGGGCACCCAUCCCGGUAAAUCAUGGAAUAUCCUCCAAAGAUAGCACUCCAUUCAUAACUUUUGUCUUAGGUGGCCCUGGUAGUGGAAAAGGUACACAAUGUGCAAAGAUUGUAGACACUUUUGGAUUUAAACAUCUUAGUGCAGGAGAUCUGUUAAGGAGGGAAAUAGCUUGCAAUAGUGAAUCUGGAUCCACGAUUCUUGACACAAUUAAAGAAGGACAGAUUGUUCCUUCAGAAGUGACGGUCAGACUUAUACGAAGGGAGAUGGAAUUGAGUAACAAUCACAAGUUUCUUAUUGAUGGUUUCCCACGAAGUGAGGAAAACCGCAUAGCAUUUGAAAGGAUUAUUGGAGCUGAACCAAAUAUUGUGCUUUUCUUUGAUUGCCCUGAAGAAGAGAUGGUGAAACGAGUGCUUAACCGUAAUCAGGGCCGAGUUGAUGAUAACAUAGAUACCAUCAAGAAACGUCUUAAGGUGUUUGAAGCAUUGAAUCUUCCUGUCGUCAAUCACUAUGCGAAGAAAGGAAAACUUCAUAAGAUCUGUGCAGUAGGAGCAGAAGAUGAAAUAUUCGAACAGGUUCGCCCAGUUUUUGCUGGAUGUGAGCAGGUGAUAAGCGAGAGUUAAUUGUGGGUGUCAACCAAAGUCCGAGCUAGGACAGAUUUAGUUGGUAGUUAGGCUUUACUGAAAGCCUUUUAAAGAGUGGGAAUUCAGCAGAGGAAAACAUACAUAAGCUUAGAGGGAAAAUGUUCUUUAAUUCUUGUUAUUUUUUACUGUUCUUGUACAGAGAUUAGGCUGCAACAUAAAAUCUGUAGCGUUACUGCUCUAUUUCGAGUUCCCUUGUGUUUUUUAUAAUGCAAAGAAAAGGGUACUACUCUAGGAAACAAUGGCUACAGCAAAUGAGAAAAUGGGACUCGUUUCAUGUUUGAUGGAAGGUAAUUGCCACCACAGAAACUUAAAUUGCAUCAGACUCUUUGAAUAUACAUGAUUAUUUUUCCUCUUUGAAUA